UAGUCCUCCAGCUUUAGUGACUGACUGCAUGCGAGUGUGGGACAGACUCUACCCUCCCACGGCCGCUCUGCGCCAACAAGAAUAAGUUUAUUCACCGUCCCGUUGCUGAUUUCUAUUUGUUGGUCACUAACCGCGUAUCUACUCAGUCUUAGGAAUGCCAUGGCUACUCAGAACAACCAGGAUUACUUCAGGUCGGUCAGCAACGAGUCCACCACAUACAUGAUGGUUCCGGCGAACAGCCGCGUUCGAGACUCGCCGUCAAAGUUAUGGAUCGCGAUGGUGGUGAUCGUGGUGGUCGUGCUGCAGAUCGCUUCGACCACCGGACUCUUUGUCUACUUAAACAUGUCUUUAUCGCAGGUUAAAAAUCAGGGGGUUACAGAAGAGCUGCGGUGCUUGGGCUUGCUCAACGCCCUGGAUAAAGACCGGGACAUUCCCGAAGACCUGGCCCAACUGUUUGGAGAACCUUGCAUCAAGCUAGCGGAGGGUAUCAAAGCCUAUAUUUCCAAGGUUACAGACAGUAUAAUCUCCAAACAGGCUUUACACGAAGCAAGAGCCAUGCCCCAUUCAUAUAAUACAACAGGGUCAAAGUUUAUGACCACAGUGACACAGCGACCAUCAGCCCACUUGACCCUUAGCAGCAUGCCAGGUGGCACUCAAUACUUCACUCCUCAACCAGACCUGCACCAGUCCUGCCGCCACCCUGUACGUUCUUGGGCCAACCAGAGCUUCGGCGCCCAUCUGCACAACAUGACGCUGGCCAACGGACGCCUUCGCGUACCCCAGGAUGGCCGCUACUACCUGUACUCCCAGGUGUACUUCCGCUACCCCUCUCCCAGCGAGGGCGAUCAGAACAGCGUUAGCCACCAGCUGGUUCAAUGCAUCUAUAAGAAAACCUCCUACCUGAGGCCUAUUCAGCUGCUGAAGGGAGUGGGGACUAAAUGUUGGGCUCCAGACGCAGAAUACGCCCUUCACUCGGUGUACCAGGGCGGCCUGUUUGAGCUGCGAGCAGGCGACGAGGUCUUUGUGUCCGUCUCAUCUCCCACAAUGGUGUACGGCGAGGACUCUUCAAGCUACUUCGGAGCGUUCCGUCUGGACCUGUAAGAACAUAUCAGAGGAGCUAAACCGGGACUACAUCACCCAUUGGGUGGAUCAUUUUGGGGCAGUGACCCAAAGACUUCAUCGUUCAACUUUCCUUUCUUUAAGACUCUUGAAUAUGUGAAGGAUGUGUGAAUGAGAGACAUUUCAGUUGUUUCUUUUAAAGACAGAGGAAUGUAUGUAUAUUUUUACAGAUCACAUCAAAGAUGUGAAUCUUUGAAACGGUAGCAAAACAGGAGAGAGAAAAACUCACACAAACUGAAUCUGUGCCUAUGGAGGAUAGGGUCUGAUUUGUGCGCUCAUCCGCUGGAGGGGAAUAUUUUUGUGUGCAGCGGAUCUAAAACAGUUUUAAAAACAGACAUAUGAGAAGAGAAUGAUGACAGCGGGAAUGUGGAGGAAAGAAAGAUGACAGGGCAAGUAUGCAGCUCUACCAGCCUCGAAGGAGCAUCCUGGCAGGUUGCAGGACUGCGGAAUUCUCCCCGUCCCAUCGGACCAGCGGAGCAACAUGCCUGGACAAGAAAAGGACCUAAAAAAGUUCACAUAAACACAGAAGAAUUCAGCUUCCUGCAUAGAUUGCAUUUAAGAAACACAUUCUAUUGAGUAUUUAAUGGCUUCCACGCAUACAAAACACAGCAAUAAGAUAAAACACAUACAUUUAGUCUCAGAUACAAAUCAUUUUUACAAGUCUCCCUCUGCUGUCUGGUCCGGGGUGCAGGAGGAAGUGCUGUCAGGGAGACACGUGCUUCCCGGCUCACGUGGUGCUGGCCAUAUGAAAGGUUAAAUAAACACUACGCUACACGGUUUGUUGAAGUGUCUCUUAUAUGAUGCUUUGUUUUUACUGCACACACAUACAAAAACACACUCCAAGUGCCUACAAAAACACUAUGGAAGAUGGUACAUCCAUCUCUUUCUCUAUGUGCUUGGUUGGUUCAACCUGUGUAUAUAAUUGUAGGUUUGGAAAUGAAUGUAAUGUUCUCUCAUGAAAAUCCCACAAAAUGAGCCUCCCGCUGUAAACGUAAACGCCGUGAAGUUCUCCAAAUGAAACGGCGCUGUGAAGCUCAAUACAAGCCUGUUUUUUUCCGAAGGAAGAGAGGGUGGGGGUGAUUACUUUCCACUGUAAAUGAUCAAGUGCUGUCACAAUGGUGUUUCUGAGAGCGAGCACAAACACUCGCUUGGGUUUCAUUGUAAACCACGAGCAUGUUUUCUUCUCUCUGGACUCUGCCCCGGUUUUUAACUGAUAAAGUCAGUGAGCUAAAAGGGCCCCUGCCAAGACAGCGCCUUAAAUCACAUUAUACAACAAGAGCGAGGGAGCCAUGACUCUUUGUGAAAUUUAGCUACGGACAUGAUGUUAGUUAUACCACAUGUUCCAAAACUUCAUUCCAUCUGACUCUUAUCUGCAAUUUGUCUGGAUUAAGAAACUUGUAUGUUGAUUUAAUCCGAAAGGGGAGACAAAAAAGUUAUUCCUCAGCAGGUUAAUGCUUGUGUCAUAAUGCCAAAAUUUCCUUGUACAGGGUGCUUUUUUAUGUCUAAGGGAAUGUGAUGUCAGAUACCACUAGGUUUUAUGUGUAAAAGUGCCUUUGGGUUGUUGUUUUGCACUGAUCUGAAACCACCACCACCAAUCUAAACUCUUAACUUUCACCAUGUUAAGGGAGGUUCAAAGUAUGUUUUAGAUCAGUGUUGAAGUCAUACAUGAUCUCAUCAAUUAUACUUCAUUAACCGCAUCAUUUGGCAGCCCAGUGAAAACUCAUACGUCGCCCGCUUGGCGAAAACAUGAACGUUUUCUAAUUUUCUCACACUAAUGAAAUUUUAAACCUGUAUGACUUUCUGUCUUCUGUGGAACAUUUUGAAAAA